AUGACGGAUCACGAUGGGACACGGGACUCACCAGCUCCCAGCAUCAACGUUGAGUUCUGGGGGCCAGGAGACCGUCUAUAUCGGAACUUUCACAAGGACCUCGACGCUCGUCCAUGUGACGAGAACGGCACAUUUCUUCCCCCUGGAAGCCCACCAAAGCCACUCUCUGAUAAAUCUCCUGACGACUGGACGCCUUACCGAAACCGUAUCGAGUUCGAAACCGCGGAAUUUUUUUUCACCGAGAAUCAGACACCUGCAGCCCAGAUCAAUAAGCUACUCGAUCUCUGGGCUUCAACCCUCCAGAAACACGGCGAUAAGCCUCCAUUUGCAGAUUUCCGCGACCUUCAUAAAACCAUUGACAAAACACCACUCGGUGAUGUCAAAUGGCAAUCGUUUUCAGUUCGAUACAAUGGUGAACGACCAGCCGCUGAUGUGCCGCCGUGGAUGGACCAAGACUUUGACGUCUGGUACCGUGAUCCACGAGAAGUUGUUCGCAAUAUGCUUGCGAAUCCGGACUAUAUCGAAGAGUUCGAUUACCGACCCUACCGCGAAUUCUUGACCGAUGGUGAUGAGCGUCAGUGGAGGGAUUUCAUGUCCGGUGAUUGGGUAUGGGAUCAGGCGGACAUAAUCUCAGAGGAUCCGGAAUCACAUGGAUCCACGUUCGUACCUGUUAUUUUGGGCAGCGACAAGACUACUGUGUCUGUCGCAACGGGAAACAACGAAUAUUACCCACUCUAUGCGUCUAUCGGCAAUGUUCGCAACAAUGUCCGACGAGCUCAUCGUGACGCAGUAAGUAUCAUUGGGUUUCUUGCUAUUCCCAAAACAACUAAGGAACAUGCAACUGGGGAUGUAAUGUUCCGAAAGUUCCGCCGGCAAUUAUUUCACUGCUCGCUCUCCAAGAUCCUCGAGACACUUCGACCCGGUAUCACGAAGUACGAAGUCGCGCGAUUUGGCGAUGGCCAUUUUCGCCGUGUUAUAUACGGUCUGGGACCGUAUAUAGCAGACUACGAAGAGCAAGUGUUAUUGACGUGCAUCGUGCGUGGCUGGUGCCCAAGGCCGGUUGGCGCUGUCGUCAUCACACAGAUGUGCUUGUCGGAGGGGACCCUUGGUGAAUUGUGGGACGAGUAUGGUAUCGUCGGUGAUCUCGUUCCGUUCACAAACGAUUUCCCUCGCGCUGAUAUCCAUGAGCUCAUUGCCCCCGAUAUCCUUCACCAGCUCAUCAAAGGCACAUUUAAAGACCAUCUUGUGGAAUGGGUCGAGAAGUAUCUGUAUCAGACGCACUCGAAGAAAGAGGCCCAGCGCAUCAUGGAUGAUAUUGACCGAAGAAUUGCUGCUGUUCCCGCCUUCGCUGGCCUUCGACGUUUCCCGCAAGGACGAGGCUUCAAGCAAUGGACCGGCGACGAUUCAAAGGCACUGAUGAAGGUAUACUUGUCCGCCAUCGAGGGACAUGUCCCUGUAGAUAUAGUUCGAACAUUUCGAGCUUUCCUCGAUUUUUGCUACUUCGUCCGGCGUAGCGUCAUUACGGAGAAGACUCUCAAGAACAUACAAGAAGCUCUCGACCGCUUUCAUCGAUACCGACAAACUUUCGAAACGAUUGGUGUUGUAUCUACAUUCUCACUCCCUCGCCAACACUCACUUCAACACUAUGUACUCCUCAUUCGUCUUUUUGGGGCCCCGAAUGGCCUGUGCUCAUCGAUCACCGAAGCAAAGCAUAUCAAAGCCGUGAAGGAACCGUGGCGGCGUUCCAGCCGGUACAAGGCCCUUGGCCAAAUGUUGGUCACAAAUCAACGUCUUGAUAAACUCGCGGCAUCGCGUGCUGAUUUCACCCAACGCAAAAUGCUUGAUGGGACCUGUCUUUCUGCAGCUGCACUUGCAGUAGAAAAACUGCGCACUAUGAAUCUUGAGCCAGGCGAUGUGGACAAGGCCAACGACAACAACAACGAUACCGAAGUUGACGACGGGCCAACUAAUGUCGAAGCGCAUGUUGAAUUGGCCAAAACGCCUCAACGCAAACGAGCUCGCACACCUGCCGCGUUAGCAGUUGAAUUGGCAAUCCCACAACUCCCCAACCUUUUGCGCCGCUUUCUCUUUACCCAACUCAAUCCAGAUGACCCUCGUGACCCUUCCGAAGUUCCCCUUACUUGUUGUCCUCAAUACAACGACAAAAUCAGUGUUUUCAACUCCGCAUGUUCCAGAUUCUUUGCCCCGAGCGAUCCAAGUGGUAUCGGGGGCAUGCGUCGCGAGUAUGUUCGCGCAUGUCCAAUAUGGAGAAAUGAGUACCCUCGUUAUGAUUGUGUCUUCGUCAACACGAAUCCGGAUCUCGACGGGAUGAGGGGUAUGGACGUUGCGCGAGUGUUGAGUUUUUUCUCUUUCACAUACAAGGCUGAAUUAUACCCAUGCGCAGUUGUGCGGUGGUUCGAUACAAUUGGAGAUUCACCCAACGAAGACAACGGAAUGUGGAUGGUACAGCCUGCUCAUCACGCGAACAACUCUCCCCAUAUUUCCAUCAUUCAUAUUGACUCAAUCUACCGCGCCGCACACCUUAUUCCUAUAUACGGUACUCAAUUUAUUCCUCCGCAACAUCAGCACCAUCAGACUUAUGAUGUUUUCCGCAAGUUCUAUGUUAAUAAAUACGCAGAUCAUCACGCAUUUGAAAUCGCAUUUUAG